UCGUGCGAAUAAUGAUGAAUCCGCGGCUCACAACACCAAAGAACCGCUUCGGUGCAGCUGCUGCGUCCUCGUCGCCUGCGACGAAAACCUCCACGCCACGCUCGCUAAUCAGGCCGGCCGGAUCAAAAUUGGGACCAUCGCUGCUUGCCAAACGCUCCCUACUAAAUACAUCAAGUUCCGACUCUCUGCCAGGAUCUCCCGUUCAACCGCCGGCGGCCAAAUCGGUAUCCGCUCGUAUCGCUGCGGCCACCAGUAUGGGUGCGAAAUCGAAAUCAUCCACGAUGCUGAACAGCUGCUACACACCAUGCCAGGACCGCCAGUUGCAUAAAGCGCCGCCUGCUUCAUCUCGGAGCGCUUGCAAAGAACCGGGAACGCCAAGCAAUCUGCUGAAGCGGGCAAGGGCACGCGAGGACCUGUUGAAUGCCCGGACGCCCGAGUGUUUCUCGCGUCUCUCGCACCUCUCGCUCGAAAGUCCGCCAUCAAGCGCUGAUAGAAUGCGGGCGAGUACGGGAGCACUGAAUGAAUCGCAUCGCAGCACCAAGGAAAAGGACACAACGCAGGGAGAAAUCAGCAAUCUGACGGUAGCCAUCCGUAUCCGGCCACUCUCCCCGAAGGAGUGCGUGGAUUCGGUGGCCAACAUCGUGCGCGUCAACGGCAAUGAGCUAUCGGUUUACGCAGGCCCAACGGCCGACAAUUUGGCCGGGGUAGAGAGCCGCUUCACCUACGAUCAUGUCCUGUGGUCGUGUAACGCCGAAGAGAAGGCCUACGUUGAUCAGGCGGGAGUGUACAACUGCUUGGUCCAUCCACUGCUGGAUCGUGCGUUCGAGGGAUACAACACUUGCCUGUUCGCUUACGGGCAGACCGGAUCGGGCAAAAGUUACAGCAUGAUGGGCAUCGAUCUGGAUGACAACUAUGACGAUGGUCCCAACUCGGAAGCGGGCAUCAUUCCGCGCUUCUGCCAGGAACUGUUUGCCCGUAUCGACGCUCUGAAGGGACGCGUACAUGCCGAGGUUGAAGUGAGCUACUUUGAGAUAUACAACGAAAAGAUCUAUGAUCUUCUGUCGGUCACAUCGGCUCAUGGUGGCGUAGGGCUGGUGGGCACACCGGGAAACAAUGUGAAGAAACCAACGUUGAAGAUACGCGAACAUCCAGUGCUAGGACCGUACGUUGUCGAUCUCAGUACACAUCCGGUCGAUUCGCAUACGGCCCUGCGGAACUGGCUGGCCGUUGGCAAUAGCCAGCGUGCGACGGCCGCAACGGGUAUGAACGACAAAAGCUCUCGCUCCCACUCGAUCUUCUCCGUUAUGCUGAACCUAGCCGAGGUCGUGAGCAGUAGCGGUAGCGAUACGGAUACGGAUGGUUCCGGUGAUGGACCAGCGAAGAAAACGACAACGGUUAAGCAAACGAAGCGCAGCAAGAUCAGUCUGGUCGAUCUGGCCGGAUCCGAACGUGUGCAUAACACCUGUGCAAGCGGAGCACGCCUUCGGGAGGGCGUGAGCAUCAACAAAAGUCUUAUGACGCUCGGUAAAGUGAUCACGGCGCUAGCGGAUCCGAAGAGAAACAAUCACAGCUACAUACCGUACCGCGACUCGGCACUCACGUGGCUACUGCGGGAAAAUCUUGGCGGCAACUCACGGACCGUGAUGUUGGCCACGAUCUCGCCCGCCAGUAUACAUCGCGAUGAAACGCUUGCCACCCUACGUUACGCUUGCCAGGCACGCAGCAUCGUGAACCGUGUGAAGGUGAACGAAGAUCCGAACGAUCGGCUGAUCCGUGAGCUGCUGGCCAAAAUCGAACGUCUACAGGUUCAGCAGCAAAACUACGAACGCCAGAGGCGCCUCUCGGAAGCGAAUCUUCUGCAGCCACGCAAAAUCAUCAUCGAAACAUCGGUCGACGAUGGGAAGGUGGAGGCACUGCGCCAGCAGUUGGCCGAAACGGAGCAGGAACUGGCCAAAGCUCAACGUUCCUGGCGCGAGCGACUCCAGGAAGCGGAAGAUGUACGGCGAACGGAGAUGAAGCUACUUAAACGUAAAGGGCUAGCGCUGGAACUGUCGGCCGAACAGAAGGAACCCUGUCUGGUGAACUUGGCAGCCGAUCCGAUGCUGUCGGGGACACUGCUGUACCUGAUACCAGCCGGUACGGUGCGUAUCGGUCGACCUUCAUCACUCUCCUCACCGGAUAUUAUGCUCGAGGGCCCACUAGUAUCCCCGAAUCAUUGCACCAUUGAGAACGCACAUGGAAAGCUGUUCCUGAUGCCGGAAAGCAAUACCGAGUAUGAAACGUUCGUGAACGGGGAGCUGGUACAGGAACGGCGACAGCUGUUCCACGGUGAUCGUCUCGUGAUCGGUGGAUCGCACUAUUUCCGCGUCUCGAACCCACUGUGUCCGAACAAAUCGAACCAACAGAUGAUCGACUUCCAGUUGGCCCACCAGGAGAUACUGAACGAACAGGAGAAUCGCUUGCGCCGAGAACUGGAUGCCGAAAAGCAGGCAGCCAUCGC